AUGGCUACUCAGUCCAUAAAUUUCAUUACAUGGAAUGUUAAUGGACUUAAAGAAAAAAAAGAAUACAAAUUUCAAGAACUACAAAAUGCUGAUGUUGUUUUUUUACAAGAGACGCAUAUUGGAGAAGGAGACAGACAUAUUAUAGAAGACCUAAAAAAGGAGUGGGAAGUUUUCUACACAAAGUAUACCUCCUCUAGCAAGGGAACAGCCAUACUAGUGAAGAAAAGACUAGAUUUUGAAUGUAUAAGUGAUGAAAAAGAUAACUGUGGAGCUUAUGUUGUGUUGAAAUGUAAACUGGAAGGUCAGCUGUACACAAUGGUUAGUGUUUAUAACCAUCAUACUGAUGUAAAAACCCUUGAUAAACUUUCAAGGUACCUUCAGUCAAUGACCACAGGGCUGCUGGUGAUUGGUGGAGAUUUCAACACAGUUCUCAAUCCAUUUAUAGACAAAGACAAUUCCAAAAAGGUGACAGACAGGCCAAUCCACAGAAAGCUGCGCUGUUGUCUGAAGAAGUUUAUAAAAUCUCUUCAGCUAGUUGAUGUCUGGAGAAGAAAGAACCCCAUAAAGCAGGAUUAUACAUUCCACAGUCAAGUUGUGUCCAGGCUGGAUUACUUCUUUGUUCCAGAAGAAUGUAUGUGGCGUGUCAGAAGUUGUGAAAUCAGAGACUCAGAGAUGCGUGACCAUCGUUCUCUGUCCUUGGAGAUCAACAAUGUUCCCACAAUGCUUUUUCAGAAAGUUCCCCAGAUACACGAAUGGUGGAAUUUAAAAAAAGAUCUUUUGACGGAUGAGAUGGGUUCAUCACUGGGUGAAGAAAGCUCACAUGCGGUCAGUGAAGUUGACAUUGUGUCAGCUGUACAUUCUCUUCAAGUGUCAGACACACCGAGACCAGACGGCAUCCCAGUUUCCUUCUAUAAAGACAACAUUCAGGAUCUAAUUCCAUACAUAAAGAUGCUCUAUGACAGAAUCCACAGAGGUGCUUUCAACUGCUCUGAGACACACUUUAAUGAAACUGUGAAAAGUCCACAUGACGAAAAUCAACACUUUUUCAACGCUGACUACCUCAUCAUCGCAACUAUUCUGGCAAGACGUCUAGAUGAUUUCUUGGAGUCUAAGCAGCGAAUACCAAAAGUUUCAGCUUCUGUCAUGAUCACUUCUAAAACACUCUGCACUCAGAUACAUUUGUCUUGUAUUAAGGAUGAGAUAGAAGAGCAAAAACGCACAAACCCAAAUCUGUAUCAGGAUUUCCUCAUUGUGAAAAACCUUCUCAGAGAUGCAGCAGAUGUAGAUAAUGAAUCUGUAGAUGUUUCAGAUGAGAGAGACAAACUGCUGGAUCAGGGCUGUCCUUUGACCUCAGUUCUCAUAACCCUGGCUCUCAAAUGUUUUGCCUCUAAAUUAGCUGGCCAUUUAAAAAUAAAAAAUGAUAUUCAGGUUUUCAGAGAAAGCGUUAUAGUUUGCAUCCAACCUGAGGACCUUGAGGAUGUAAUGACAGCUGUGAAGAGCAGAGAUAAUGAAGUAUAUGACACUGUGGAAUUAUUCAGAGGAAAUGUUAAUGAUGAACAAUUAAAGUGCUUGGAAAAUGAGUCUGAGAAUGAGGCAGAAACAGAAACAAAUGUGAAUAACACAGAGGAAGAAGCACAAGAAAAAUACUUAAAAAUGGGUAGAGGCAAUAGGGUGUGUGAAGAGAGUGAUUUAUUGUCUAUAAUAAGUGAGGAAGAAGACAUUUCAAUGGAGAGUAAUGGAAGGCAGAUCAUGUAUGCAGUUGUUACCUUGCAAGACUCAGAUGAGGUGAUGGUGGCUCCAUCUAGUUGGUUGAGUGCAGACAAGAAACAAUGUUUCUGGCCCCCAUUCAAAUCAACAGAAAAGUUCAUGGAAGCAGUUCAGAAAAAAUGUAAACCUGAAACAGGAGGGAAACCAUGGGAGAAAUUAAAUAUUAGCUUUCACAGAGAACAUGGUACUUUCGAAAAGGCAAUAGAAGGGCAAAAAGGAAUUAAAGAACAGAAAGAACGGUCAUAUCUAUUAUCCACUGGAUUCAUUGGAACACUAAAAAGACAAAAACUUGAAACUUUACAACCGCUUCUUCCUGUACCACCCGCAUCUACUUCCAGAAUGUCAGCUGAUGAUAAGGAGGAGCUCCUCUGUGUGCUGAGAGACAUCAAGAGCACGGUUCAGGAAAACUCUUCUAUGUUAAAGAAACUACUGAAAGACAAUACGGUUUCUGAAGCCCCCAGCAGUACCAGCUUGCCCACUAAAAAUUUCAAAACAAACCUCAAUCUGCCUCUUAGAACCUUUGAAGAUGUGGACAGGAUUGAAAGAGAGCUCAAAAAUGCAAAAGCACGCAACAAAUAUGUAAAAUAUUUGUCAAGUCUUGGAGGUUUUGGGGCCAAGGAUGUGAUUAAGAAUAUUAUGCAGCAAGUCCUAGCAGAUGACCUGGCUAAGGAGUUCAACUGGCAGGGGAGAGGAGAGAAAAGACCCUUAUCUCAGCUUAUUUUAACAGAUGUAAUCAGAGAGGCUGCAGUGAAAAGAGAUGUAAUGAGGGUCGACUGUGAAACAGAAAUUAAAAAAUAUCUGAGUUACCUAGCUGAUCGACUCACUCGGAAGAGACAAAGAGAACAAGCAGGUCCUGAGCCUGAGAUCUUUAAUGUGGCUUCUCCCUCACUGACGGACAACCAGCCAAAGAUGGGAGUACAAUGGAACCUUUUGGAUGACUUUUAGUUUUGAUCAUGAAUCCCUCAGCUUUUAUCUAACUGGAUACACACACACACACACACACACACACACACACACACACACACACACACACACACACAUUGAUUAUUAAAAUCUUUCUGUGUACACUUAUGACAUUAAGAAAGCAAGAGAGAAUGAGAAUAAAUAAAGGUGUGCCUUUGUGUGUUGUGAA